CCCAGGCAGAGCUGAGCUUUUAAUAAAAUAAAUAAAUAAAUAAGAAAAGCGGCGCCCGGCCGGCGCGGGCUGCAGCCACGAUACAACCAGCCCCCCGCCGGCGGGUGCGCCACCCCACCAGACUGGAUGCCCAAAGACGGACCAAGAAGUUGGCCGUGGGCGCGGUGCCACCCCCGCUGCAAGGGCCCGGGGCGCAGGCCUCGCAGGCUGGCAGCGGCGACCGGCCCGCGGUCUGCUCCCUCUCCACCCCCUUGCUUGGUGAGCCAGCGCCGGGGCGGAGGCGAGCAGAGGGCGGCGGGCAGCCGGGGCAAGGAAAGGAAGCCGAAAGCGAAAGGAAAACGGAGGCCGCAUAAUUCCCCCGCCCUUGCCAGGGCUGAGUCACGGAGCCCAUGUGACGGGCGGACUCGAGUCAGCUGCCUCGUCCCCACCCGGGGCAGCUUCGGGCGUCCGGACCAGCGGCCGCGGCCUGCGGGAAGGGGCCGCGCCGAGAGAUGAGGGCUGAUGGCCACCGUGAGCUGCUGUUGCUGCUGCUCGUGGCUGGCAUGCCUGCCCGCUUUGCAGGAUCCCAGCCCCAGCAGCAGCGCAAGUGGCCUGUGCCUUACAGGCGUUUUGAUUACCGUCCGAAAACAGAUCCCUAUUGUCAAGCUCGUUACACUUUCUGUCCUACUGGCUGUCCCAUUCCAGUAAUGAAGGAUGAGGAUGUCAUUGAAGUCUAUCGAUUACAGGCUCCAGUGUGGGAAUUCAAAUAUGGGGAUCUGCUUGGACAUUUGAAUAUUAUGCAUGAUGCUGUUGGCUUCAAGAGCUCUCUAACUGGCAAAAACUACACAAUGGAAUGGUAUGAACUCUUCCAGCUUGGAAACUGCACUUUUCCGCAUCUCCGGCCUGACAGGGAUGCACCAUUCUGGUGUAAUCAGGGAGCUGCUUGCUUUUAUGAAGGAAUAGAUGAUGUACACUGGAAGGAAAAUGGGACCUUGGUUCUGGUGACUACUAUAUCAGGAACAAUGUUUAACCAAAUGGCAAAAUGGGUACAAUGUGACAACGAAACUGGCAUAUACUAUGAGACCUGGACAGUUCGAGCAAGUCCUGACAAGCAUGCGGUAGUGUGGUUUGAAUCUUAUGAAUGCUCGAAAUUUAUAUUAAGAACAUACCAGAAGUUGGCUGAUUUAGGGGCUGUAUUUAAUAAGAUACAAACAAAUUACACCAGCAUUACUUUGUUUACUGGAGAACCCAUUUAUUUGGGGAACGAAACAUCUAUUUUUGGACCUCUAGGAAACAAGACGGUGGCUGCAGCCAUAAGAGAUUUCUACUAUCUAUUCAAACCUCAUCAGUCUGUUGAAGAGUUCUUCUUGAAUGUCUUAAAAAUAGUAGAUCAGGUUGUCUUGAACCACCAGUUUUACCUCUUUUACAACUUGGAAUACUGGCUUUUACCUAUGAAGUCCCCUUACAUCAAAAUAACUUAUGAAGAGAUCCCUUUACCUAAUGAAGACUAUACGUAGGUUGGUUUGUAAUUAUUUCAUUAGUACCAAAAAUGCCCUUUCUCCAAGGUGUUCCUAAGGAUGUUGAUGUUAUAUUGGUACGAUUACUGCAGAGAUGGCAGCUCCUUAUACUGUGUCUGCAGUGAGAAGGCUUUUUUGAAUGUAGGUUCUUUGUAUAUUCAUUGACUGUUCUGCCCUUCCUUGGGUGAAGAAAGAGACCCGUGCUUGCUAGCUGCAUUACAGCCCCGGAAUUCUCAAGGGGUUUGGACCUGUCAUUGGCCACAUGAUUGCCAAUCAUCUGCUUCUUCUUAAGGAGGGGAAUCUGCAGGAGCUGGUUACCAGCAGACACAGGGGCUUGCUAGCUUGACUCCAUCAAAAAUGUACCUUAUACCCAUUGGAACAGUGUAUAUUUCAUAUUUGAAAGGAUGGAACUGGGACCAGUUGUCCUGGAACAUGAUGAAGUCAGCAGACAUGGAAAUAGGUUGAGAGCUGUUAGUAGAUUACAGCUGUCAUGCUGAUGACUCCUUUGUUAGAAGGUGGUGGUGGUGAUGUGCAAAAUCUGACUCUGGUUCUAGGGAGUUAGCGUCUGAACACUUUGCUGUUGGUAACCUGCUGAGGUGAUGGGUAUUGAUGAAAGAGGAAUAAUCACAUCUAAUUUGAGCUUGCAGUCUGUUUGUGUAGUACUAGGAUUUUAUGGUUGUAUUUUGUAUAAUUUAGAAUGAAGGAUGAAGUGUGUAUUAAAUGUAUUGAUGUAUGAUAUGAUUUGACCAUAUUCUGCCAGCCACCCUUUCUGAAAGCAGAAAGGAAUGGCCUAGUGUGCCAUGUAAAGAUGCAUCAGCCAGAAUCUUGUGUCUGAAGCUGUUUAAAAUUAGCAUUUUGAAAUAAGUAAAAUAAUGCAAUGAUUGUUUUCUGCUGCAUUGCAAUUUGAUGUUCCUGUUCAAAUGUUCUGUGUAAAUCAUUCCGGUUUUGUGUGUGAAUGAGGAAUGUGUGUUUUAGAAGAUAAGUAUGAAGGCCAUCACUGGACCAGAUGUUCUAGGGAAGAACCAAGAACAGAGGUAAAGGCGCCAGGAGAUUGCAACAUGUCCCUAUUGAGAUGUCAGAGGAGAGCAGAUUGACGACUCUAAAGAUGAAGCAGGCACCUAUCAAUCAGGACAAGAUAGCUGUGAUCAAAAUCAGCAUGGGGUAACUUCCUGAGAGACUGAUGAAGGAACAAGAUAAAGGAUGAGAAGAACAAUUUAAGAAAACAAGCACUCGUCAAAUGGCGAUUGAUUACAGCAUGACAGUGCAAAAUUCAUUGGUCCCAAUGAAGAAAGAUCACUAUAUAAACAGGGUGCUUUGCCAUGAAACUUUGGGUUCGUCCUGCCAAGACUUCCCCGGAGGAUCGUGUUGCGACCAACAGAACCCGGCUCCUGUGAUCAGCCUAGCUGGCCACUAGGUUGCUCCGGACUCUGAACUGGUAACUAUAACAUCGACUUGUGCGUGUGAUUGAAUGCAUGUGCUAAUUGUUGUAUCGCCAAUAAGCACGGCAUUGAUUGCAUUUUCCCCUGAAAAAGAUCCUGUGUGUUUCUUAUAAGCAUGACAUUUGGAACUAGUGACUGGUUACAGAAGCAACAUCAAAACUUGUAAAUUUGUUAAUAAAUAUUAAAAUAUUUGGUCUAAUAA